AUGGUUCGCAAAAAUCAAUGUGCAGCUCUAAUUGAACUUUACGAAGAAAAAAUUAUAAAAUGCUUGGAAGAAAUUUAUAAAGACAAGGAGAAAAUCGAUAACUUCAAAGACCUACUUUCACGUAUGAAAGUUGAGAGACUGAUUGAAAACAGCGAGACGGCAGAGGAAUUCGCCGAAAAACUUUUCAAAAAGCUCAAAGCAAGUGAGCUCGUAAAAACGGACAAUGAGCGACUUUACAAGGAAAUUAUGACUUAUUUGAAUAAGUACAUGAAAAACUCUGGAAUUCAUAAACAGUUGAGAUGUUCUGAUGAAACAACACGAAAAAGCAUGUUCGGGCUCAUUUUGUCCAAUAUCGAUGGAUUUCUGCAGUUUACCGAUCCAACAGUAGUUAUGAAUUAUCUUCGAGCUCUCCCGGUUUACGAUGAUGUCGUUCGGCGAUUAGACUGCGGAAUCGAAAUAAUUGACGAAGUGAAUCGUGAAGAAGUUGAUGAUGCUGAAAAGAGAAGAGAAAGAGAUUUGAGAAAAAAGAAAUUGAUUCUGAGAUCUGUUCCGAGACUUGGUCCGUUCGCAGCUCUUGACAUAUUGUUCACAAUUUAUGAAUCUCCUUCUCCGAAUUCAAAUGAAGAAGCUCGCCAUUUUGUUGAUUCGUUGUUCAACUUCCAGAAUGGCCAAUUUUCUGAUCAUUUCAGAACUGUCAAAGAAGAACAACCGAUUAUUGUAUGUGAUAUAGAUGUACUGGCUAGUGAAAUGAUGAUGCAUCUUGGUUUGGAUGAUCCUCCAAAUGGAUUGAGAUCAAUCAACUACCGAUUCGAUCGUAUUGCCGAUUAUUCUACACGUCGAAUAGUCAAUUCUUCUGUCAAUCCAAGUUUACAAAACGAAAACUCAAUCAAUCUUCGAAACUAUCAAGUUGAGUUGUGCCGAUUAGCUGUUCAAGCCAUCAAUACAAUUGUAACUGCUCCCACUGGAACUGGAAAGACAGUAGUUGCAGCAAACAUCGUCAAAAAUCAUUUUGAAGUUCGAGCUAGAGAAGAAAAGACAUUCAAGGCUCUGUUUUUAGCGCCAAACACAACAAUUUUGCAACAACAGGCCGAUAGACUGAAUCACUUUUUAGCGCAUUCUUAUGAUCUUAAGAUUUGUCAAGGUUCUGACAAUUCUCCAACUCGACAAGCCGUACUUUCGAACGAUAUCAUUGUGGCAACACCUCAAAUGAUUGUAAAUCUUUGCAACGAGCAUGAAGACGAAUUAUCCGAGUUCUCAAAUGAAAAGUUUUAUUUAUCGACAUUUUCAAUAAUUCUUUUCGAUGAGUGCCAUAGCACUGUCAACAAUUCUCCGUACGCAAAUAUCAUGCGUGAGUAUCACACCCUGAAGAACAUGGGCACAAUGCCAGAUAAUCAUGAGCUCCCACAAAUAGUGGGCCUCACAGCCUCACUUGGAACUGGAGACGCUAACAAUGUCGAGAAAGUUAUUCAACAUAUUGCUAGUAUGUGUGCAUUACUAGAUGUUGAGAAAUUGAGUACAGUCUGCGAAUACGCGGAUGAACUUCAGAUGUUUUCCCCAAUCAUUCCAGAAAAGAUCUACUCGUUUGAAAAGAACAAAGAUGGAUCAAGUGGACGGUUUGCGGAAUUGGUCAAACAAAUGAUGGAUAACAUCACGAUGAUGUUGGAGACCGCAUUUGUUAGCAGAGAAGAGUAUUCAAAAGUGACAAACGGGGAGAAGACACCAGCGAAAGAUCAUGUUGCGUAUCUGAAUUGGUUGAGCUGUUUGAAAAGAAGUGUUGCUGAACAGAACUUUCAAGGAAACCGAAACAAUAUUAAUGAAGCAUUGAACAUGUUAGAUAUUUGUUAUCGUUCUCAAUCCUUCAAUUCGAACUUCAAUCCGAGAACUGCUUUUAAGUAUUUUGACGAAAAAGUGAAAGAACAAGAACGAUUUCUCACUGAAAGAAUGAAAGAGGUAUUACAUCAGUACUACCCUCUAUUGGAACAGCUUGGUUCUGACGUGCCAAUUGAGAAUCCAAUGAUUCUGAAAAUCGAAGAUUUACUGACAGAGAACCAUCGGGAAAACCAAAAUUCAAAAGCAAUCAUCUUCGUACAAACUCGCUAUGAUGCCAUAACUUUGAAGAACAUUUUGUGCGACAACGAGAAUCUCCUAUCGCAAAAUAUCAGAACCGAUUACAUUUUAGGAUUGAAUAAAACAACGGAAGGAAGUGAAGACUCUGCGAUAUCAAGAUCAGAUCAGGUAGAGAAACUGAAGAAGUUUGCAACUGGAGGUGUUCGAGUUUUGGUAUCAACAUCGGUAGCAGAAGAGGGACUUGAUAUCUCAGAAUGCAAUUUGGUUAUCAAAUACAAUUAUGCCACCAAUGUGAUUGCUCACGUACAAAGAAGAGGACGAGGACGGGCAAAUGACUCUAGAUCCAUUCUAAUAACGAAUGAUCCGAGCCUCGAAAAACAAGAAAGGGCUAAUAAAGACAAGGAGAAGAUGUCAAAGGCGGCCCUCGAGCGUAUCAACGAGAACUUGGAUAAUUUUUUGCGGCUUGUUUCCCAAGAGAACAGAUUGAUAUGGCCGCAAAUAAUGAACGAAAGCACCAAGAAACGGGAACUGGACAAUUCUUUGAUAUUAAAAAACUCAACGUAUAAAAUUGUUUGUAAAAAAUGUGACGUGCAGCUCUGCACCAGCAGAGACAUUCGAUCUCGUCAAGAUAAUCAGUAUCUCGUUUGUAAUCCAGAGUUUUGGAGAAUUGUUAAAAUAGAGCUUUAUGAUGAUGACGAGUACUCUAAUGGAAGUAUUAAACACAUGACUGAAAACUGUGGUGCUCAACUUGGAAAACUGGUAGCAGCUCCCGGAUUCUCGGAAAUGCCAGUACUGAGUGCUAAACACAUUGUUCUGAUUGAUGAGGCGGAUGGUAAGAGAUGCACUGUAAAACAGUGGAAACAAAUCCGCACACAAUUCUUCAAGCCUAAACCAAUUUCUGCGUUAGACGUGGCAACAAUGCGAAACGCAAGUCCAUCAAAUAGGACACUCACUUUCGAAGUUCACCAACCGAAUGGUCAUGUGGAAAUUGUCGAGGCAUCACGAACGUCUUCAAACAAUGAAUAG